GUCAACGUGCAGGGAACCUGGAUAAUCAUAUCCCGAAUGAGAAUUCUUGUCUGUUGCCCGUGACGGGGGUGUGUGUUGCUCUUAAAGAGGGAAAUGGACGAGGGAGUAGUUGUUUCUUUUUCUUUUUCUUUUUCUUUGCUUUGCGAUCUUGUUGGAUGAAUUGUUAAGGUGGCUCAGUGGGCUUUGCUUGACGAGAGAUACUAUCAAAGCAGCAAAUUGAGAAUUCCUACCAAUGGCUCUGGCAGCGACGUCUCUGCCCAGCUAUGUGCUGGACUAUGCACCUCUUGUCUGGCUACACAGCGAAGACCCCUACCGACCAUCAGGGUUUGCGCAACAAGUCGAGCACACCAGCCCGCAGGUGGACUGGAAAGUAGUCGAGGGAGCACCGUCGAAGCUGACGCUCGAUAACCUGGACAAACUCAAUGAUCUGGGCAACACAAGCGUGUAUCUGACAUCCGAGGAGGGCAUUGAUGCGGACCCGACGCCGGACUGGUUCUACGGCGCCGAGAUCACUGAGGAGGGCAAGACCGACGAUGUGGCCUCGUCUAUUAUCGUGAAUGACCACGGCGAUGGCACAGUGGAUGCUUUCUAUUUCUAUUUCUAUGCGUAUAACCAGGGAAAUACGGUCGUGGGAAUGGAGUUCGGUAACCAUAUGGGAGAUUGGGAGCAUAACAUGAUCCGCUUCUCCAACGGAGAGCCGCAAGCCAUCUGGUAUAGUCAGCAUGCCAACGGACAGGCCUUCAAGUACAAAGCCACCGAGAAGAAGGGCAAGCGACCGAUCGCCUAUUCAGGCAAAGGCACGCAUGCGCUGUAUUCCAUUGCCGGCAACCACGAUCACGCCAUUCCCCAUCUGAACCUCCCCUUCGGCUUCGUCGUCGACACCACCGACCAGGGAACUCUCUGGGACCCGAUCCUGAGCACAUACGCGUACAGCUACAACGCCGCCGACCAGAGCUUCACGCCCUACGAUGACAGCUACCCGGUCAACUGGCUGAACUUCAAUGGGCAAUGGGGCGACGACGCUCUGCCGGGAGGACCGGAGCUGUUUGGACAGAAGAAAUACGCCGGCGGACCCAACGGACCCAAAUUCAAGAAGCUUUCGCGGACCAAGGUGUGUCCGGACGAUCCCUGCGUUGAGCUCCCUUUCCGGGUUUGGAGCGUGAUCAACUCAACGUCGGCAACACCCUGAGGAACGGGGCAAGGGAAAGGGAAGUUCGGAGAGUGACGAGUCCCGAGUACGGUACGGGCCUAACGGUUAUUGUACAGAACGUGGGACCCCGAGCAGAGGCGUCUGGGACAUGUUUGAAAUGAUUGAAUAAUCCGACGGGCGAUGUGGGGUCAGGAGAGGGGGUU